GGCAGCUCCAAACGGUCCAAGUCAACAAGAAGAACCACCCCACCCCAACCCAGGAGCAGCUUAGCUCCAUUUCUGCAAAUCAGCUCGCAGCCCCAAAACCCUGACCGACCCAUGACUAAGCCUCCGCACCAUGGCCACUGGACCGCUUCGCAAGAGGCUCAAUAAGCGAUCCUCACACCCCAAACCCCGCACUGCGAUGGCAACCCGGCCUAGUUCGCCCAAAUUCUACAAAAACACCUCGCUGAUUCUCCUCAUAUUUCUCAUUAUCGGCGCUUUUGUCCUCUUGUGCAUUUCGUCGAACAUUUUUAGCACAGUUGAUUACAGCACCGUGUUUACCGGAACUUAUUCGAUCGAGGUCGUCAAUGAGUUCCCUCAUGAUCCCAAUGCCUUCACCCAGGGGCUUCUUUAUGCUGGAAAUGGGAGCUUAUUUGAGUCCACUGGGCUUUAUGGCCAGUCAUCAGUGCGUAAGGUUGAUAUUCAAACAGGGAAGGUUGAGGUUCUUCAGGAGAUGGAUUCUAGAUAUUUUGGGGAGGGAUUAACUCUUCUCGGUGAAAGGCUAUUCCAAGUAACUUGGUUGACGAAAAUUGGUUUCAAAUAUGACCGAAAUGAUUUAAGCAAAUCUGAAAAGUUCACUCAUCAAAUGCAAGAUGGUUGGGGACUGGCUACUGAUGGAAAAGUGUUAUUUGGAAGUGAUGGCUCGUCCGUGUUGUACAAGAUUGACCCUCAAACAUUGAAAGUUAUAGACAAACACAUAGUCAAAUACAAAGAUCAUGAAGUGCACAACCUCAAUGAGUUGGAGUUUAUAAAAGGCGAAGUUUGGGCAAAUGUUUAUCAGACAGACUGCAUUGCUAGAAUCUCACAGGAUGAUGGUAGGGUGCUUGGAUGGAUUCUCCUUCCAAAUUUAAGGGAGGGUUUACUAGCUGCUGGAAAUAAUGCUAUCGAUGUGCUAAACGGCAUUGCAUGGGAUAGCGACACCAACCGUAUUUUUGUGACUGGAAAACUAUGGCCGAAGCUUUAUGAGAUCAAGCUGCAUCCAAUAAAGAAACAGUUCAAGGAUGGAGCCAUUGAGCAGCUAUGCCUACGGCAGACAUUCUUUCAUUGAAGGAUGUGCUUGCUAUUGACUGAACAUCUAGACACUGCAUUGUAAGGCUUUGGAGGACAUGCAUCUAAAUUCAAUUGGACUCCUUUACACAGAGAAAGGAACAUAGAUCGGUUAGAGAUCUGCCUUGUAAGUUGUAUGACUACCAAAAGCCGAGAAAUAGAAGCCUUUAAAAUGGCUAGUAAAUGAACGAUUUGAAAGUUACUGGAAUUUUUUCGGGUGAAAAGUUAUUGCAAA